GUAGGUCAGGCUGCACGCCGCCGGCUGCCAUGGCGAAUGUGUCCGAGCGGACGUUUCAGGUGUCUGUGCUGGUGGCCUUCGCGUCUGGCGUGCUCGUGGGCUGGCAGGCGAACCGGCUGCGGAGGCGCUACCUGGACUGGAGGAAGCGGAGGCUGCAGGACAAGCUGGCGGUGACUCAGAAGAAGCUGGACUUGGCCUGACCCCCGCGCUGUCGGCCCCCGCGCGCCCACCUCGCCUUGCACUUGCAGGGGCUCCGACCCGUGACCCACGGUCUCCUGACACUCGCCUGCAGCGCCUCGCCCGUUUUGGAGAGUCGGUGAGCAUUUCUUUCGCAGUUUGUCGAAGAUGGAUACAGAACACUGGACAGAUCUAAUUUCUCCUUGCACUUUAUGAAGUCAAUUUUAUUUUCAAAAUAAAAAAAAUAUUUAAACCUC